UGGGUGAGGCAUAUGAAAUUUCACUAAAUAGAUAGGUCCAGCUUUCUUUGUAGUUAUAACUUCAUCUUAAUGAAGAAGAACAAAAGAAAGUAAAAGUAAAAGCAUGGAACACACAGGUGACACAGUCAUGAUCCACGGUCAGAUUCUUUUCCCAUAAGAAAUUUCCCCUCAAAUCGCCAGACGUGAUGCACUCGACAGCAUAAAUUCUCUUCUCUGUUCUGCAAGCAAACUCUUUAAAAAAAUUCCUCAGAAAAGCCUCCUGCUCCUUAAUCUGUGAUCUCCACACUUCUUCUUUGUUUAAUAGUUAAUACCCUAUUUAGCACUAAGCAAAACAACCAAUAUAUAAUUAAAGAAGGGCAUCCUAUUCUUUUUCUCCUUCUGCAGUUCAGAAUCCACAUCCAACUUUCAAGUCUGAACCCUUCCCUUCCUCGAACACACAGAUCGAACCCACCUUUUUUUUUUUCAGAUUCUGUAAGCUAAUACACAGUACAUAGUUAUUCACUCUAUAUAUUUACAUACAUCUCUCUCUUUUUUGUCAAUAUAUACUUGUGUGGAAGCGGAUCGAUGUUAUGGGAGGCAUGAUGUCAUUUUUCAAAAGCAGUAGCAGGAGCCGCUCACUAUCAAGAAGCACAACCGGCGACACUGGCGGCAGCGUGACUAGGAGAACGUCAUCCUAUGGUUCGAAGAAAUCAUCAAGCAUGAGUAGUACCAGUGGUGAUAAAGCUGCACAUACAGGAACCCAGAAGAAGCACAAGUACGCAUAUAUUCCUGAUAACUUCACAUCCAUUGAACAGGUUACAGAUGCAUUGAGAAAGGAAGGACUAGAGUCGUCUAAUCUCAUUGUUGGAAUAGACUUCACUAAAAGCAAUGAAUGGACAGGCAUGAAGUCAUUCAACAAUCGAAGCCUACAUGCCAUUGGCGAUGUACCUAAUCCGUACGAAAAAGCUAUCUCUAUAAUCGGAAAAACUUUGUCUCCCUUUGAUGAAGACAACUUAAUUCCUUGUUUUGGCUUUGGUGAUGCUACCACUCAUGAUCAAGAGGUGUUCAGCUUUCACACUGAUCAUUCACCCUGUCAUGGUUUCGAAGAAGUCUUGACCUGCUACAAAAGAAUAGUUCCUACUUUACGAUUAUCAGGGCCAACUUCUUAUGGACCUGUAAUUGAGGCUGCAAUGGACAUUGUUGAUAAAAGUGCAGGUCAAUACCAUGUGUUAGUUAUCAUUGCAGAUGGCCAGGUUACAAGAAGCAUCAAUACCAACGACAAGGAAUUGAGUCCACAAGAGGAGAAGACAAUCAAAGCAAUUGCAGAUGCAAGGCAUAUUAAGCAGAAUAUAAUUUAUACUUUAACAACUUACAUGAUCAGUUCCUAUCCACUCUCCAUUAUUCUUAUUGGAGUCGGCGAUGGUCCCUGGGAAGACAUGAAAAAAUUUGAUGACAAGCUCCCUGCACGAGAAUUCGAUAAUUUUCAGUUUGUUAAUUUUACGGACAUUAUGGCUAAACAAGUAUCUGCCUCUGAGAAAGAGGCUGCUUUUGCUCUUGCUGCCCUCAUGGAAAUCCCACUCCAGUAUAAGGCAACUAUUGAAUUUGGUAUUCUUGGACGUACAACAGGGAAAGGGAAGAGAACAGUUCCACGCCCUCCACCAGUUCCAUACGUUCAUCGUCCACCUCCGACUCGUGAACCAAGUGCAAUCUCAGCACCCGUUGGGAAUGACCGCGAUGAAUUGGUCUGUCCAAUCUGCCUGACUAAUGCAAAGGACCUGGCGUUUGGCUGUGGACACAUGGCCUGCAGAGACUGUGGAGCAAGAUUAUCCAACUGUCACAUAUGCCGCCAGCCAAUCCGCAGCCGUCUCAGGGUUUACUCUGGAUAACUGAACAUCGAAAGGGAGUCAUUUGUUCGUCAAGUUGUGUAUAUCUGUUCUCUGAAGUUGUUCAGACUCCCAGAUAUCUAUUUGUGCCAGAUUGUACAGUCCUGUUUUCUAGCCCAAACUUGUAGUUCUGCUUCUAUUUCCAUUCCUGUUAUGUAUACAAGUAUACAAAUAAAAUAGUUUCUUUAAAUCA